AUGCCCGCCGCCACUUCCGAGCUUACCGUCCCGCGUCCUUCCAAGGCCAGCGGCAUCCCACCAGGCUACAAGGCCAAGGUCGGGCGUCUGCAAACCUUCACCCUGCCCGACACCUUCACCGGCGGGCAGGAGGACGCGGAGCUCGGUAGGGCCAUCGUCCGGGCGUGGCAGCAGGACGGCAUCCUGCAGAUUGCCAUGACGCCCGCCCAGCAGGCGCAGUACAAGGCCGCCGACGAGGCCAGCAAGCGCUUCUUCGGCAAGCCCUACGCCCAAAAGGCCGCCUGCGUCGACAGCCAGACCUACUCGGGGUACAUUGCCAGCGGGGAAGAGCUGACGGACGGCAUCGCCGACUACAGCGAAAUCUUCACCGUGACCAAGGACCUGCCGCUCGACGAGGAGCGCGUGCUGGGCAUGUGGCCCUGCCACGGACGGUGCCCCUGGCCCGACGCCGCCUUCCAGCAGCCCAUGGAGCGGUACAUGGACGGGCUGGGACGCAGCGGCGAGCUCCUGCUCAAGCUGACCGAGCUGGGGCUGGGCGUCCCCGAGGGCUCUCUCGUCCAGUACACUCGCGACGGCUGGCACCACAUGAGGGUUCUGAGGUUCCCGGCAAACAACACCACAAACGGCAAAGGCAAGGACGGACGCGGGAUCGGCUCCCACACCGACUACGGUCUCCUCGUUCUCGCCGCGGCCGACAACGUUGGCGCGCUCUUCAUCCGCCCUCCCUACCAAAACGAGAGCUUCGCCAACUGGAGCGAAAGCGCUGCCGGGUUCAAAGAGGACGACGAAGGAUGGGUGUUUGUGCCCCCGGCCGAGAAUGUCUUUACCGUCUUCCCAGGCGACAUGAUGCAGUUCCUGACCAACUCGGCGCUGCCGUCCACUCCGCACAAGGUGGGCCUCAACACCGAGGAAAGAUUCGCCUUUGCCUACUUCCACGAGCCGAGCUUCCAGGCCGUCAUCAAGCCGCUGCCGGGGUACGACGCCGGCCAGGAGCCGCGGGAGGGCGUGCACUACGGCAAGCACUUUACCGACAUGUUUAUGAGGAACUACCCCGGGCGGAUCACCACGCAGAGGCUGGUGGAGGAGGGCCGUUAUGCGAUGCUGCAAAGGGAGGAGCUCAGGACCAUGUAUGCUUAG